ACUUCAGUUGCGCCGAGGCUCAUCCAGUUGCUGUGAAUCGGCUGAGUUAAGGUAGAUCCACAUGUCCUUGAAGUGAUAUUCGGCUUCAAUCAAGCAGGAAUAACUCUGUGCCCGCACAUUCUACAUGAAGAUGGAGUUUAUUAAAGAGGAGAGUGAAGACGUCAAUAUUCCAGAUCUAUGUGCAAUGAAAAAGGAAGAUACUGAGGAACAAAUAGACCUGAUGGAAGUGAAAGAGGAAAGUCAAGAACCGAAUGAAGAGGAUCAGAAACCUGUUAACUUCAUUACUGGAGAAAAAAAUAAUAAUUACUCACAGACUGAAGUGAAUUUCACACACACAAAAACAAAGGCAGAAAAUGCUUCCACAUGCCCUCAGUGUGGAAAGAGUUUCACAAAAAAAGGAAACCUUAAAAGGCACCUGUUAAUUCACACUGGAGAGAAGCCUUUCACAUGCCCUCAGUGUGGAAAGUGUUUCACAAAAAAAGGAGUCCUUGAGAAGCACCUGAGAGUUCACACUGGAGAGAAACCAUUCACUUGCACUCAGUGUGGAAAGAGUUUUAUACAGAAAGUACACCUUUCUAAUCACAUUAAAAUUCAUACUGGAGAGAAGCCUUUCACGUGCCCUCAGUGUGGAAAGAGUUUCAUAGAUAAAGGAAACUUUAAUAGUCACAUGAGAGUUCACACUGGAGAGAGGCCUUUCUCAUGCCAUCAUUGUGGAAAGAGUUUCACAAAAAAAGGAGUCCUUAAGGAGCACCUAGAAGUUCACACUGGUGAGAAACCUUACACAUGUCAUCAGUGUGGAAAGAGUUUCAGACGUAAAAUACACCUUUCGGAUCACAUGAGAAUUCAUACUGGAGAGAAGCCUUUUACGUGCCAUCACUGUGGAAAACGUUUUGCAGAUAAAGGAAACAUUAAAAUCCACAUAAGAGUUCACACAAGAGAGAAGCCUUACACAUGCCUUCAGUGUGGAAAUAGUUUCUCAAGUCCAAGCAGCCUUAAAAGGCAUAGAAGUGUUCAUUCAGAAAAGGAGUUACACGACUGUUCACUAUUCAGUUUCAACCAAGCAGGGAAAUUAAAAAAUCAUCAGCACUUUAAUUCUGGCUUCACAGGACAAAAUACCCUUGAGAAUCACAUGAGAAUUCACACUGCAGAGAGCCAUUUUGACUUGAAAAUUCAUGGUAAUAAGAAACCUUACUUCUGUUCUAUUUGUGGAGAAAGUUUUUUAGAGCAGGGUGAUUAUAAACAGCACUAUAAAAUACAUACAGGUGUGAGAGAUUAUGUGUGCUCAGAGUGUGGUAAAGCCUUUGUCCUAUUAAACCACUUAGAAGUCCAUCAAAGAAUUCAUACUGCAGAAAAACCUUACAAGUGCUCACAUUGUGGAAGGAGUUUCACUGCCUCAGGAAACCUGAAAACCCAUGAGAGAAUGCAUACUGGAGAGAAGCCAUACCACUGCACUUCAUGUGGAAAGAGUUUCAGCUCAUCAAGUAAUCUAUGGAGACAUAUAAGGAAGAAUUGUUCAAACUUAUCAAAGUGAACAAACUUUAUCUUAAGAAUCUUUAUCUUGUGAAAUGUAACAUUUCGGUUCAAAGCAUUCAGUCAAGCUUGGUCAUUUGGCAGUUCAUGGUGGAAUGGGCACAUUAAUGUAAUUUGUCUUAUAAUGUGCAGAUUCAGCUUUCUCAGAGUUUCUCCAACAAAACAACAGCAUACCACUUGUUUACUUGCCAUUAUACUACUCAUUAUAGUUUGCCUCAUUCAGCUGAAACUACAUGCUGGAUAUGCCCAAUACGUGAAAUAGUUAGUAUUACUGUGACUUUGUGCUCUUUAUCUGCUUAAUUUUCUGCUGUCACCGCUAUGUUCUGUCUGUUCCAAUCUGCUCAUUAAAUCAGCUCAGCCAAAGCAAAAGAGGACUGCUGCUUUGUCUCUGUGAGAUUUCACAUUCGUGUAAUAUCAACAGAGAUUCAGAGAGACCGAGAUGCCUGAGUUGGUAUGUCUGUCACCCCUCCACCAUUCUUAAUCAUCAAGUGGUAUCAUACCUCUGACUGAAGAUAACGAGAUCUCAGCAAAACAGCCGGCAAGUGUGACACCCUCGCCCACAAUUUAGAUUUUUUUGAGUCUGCUAGUGAGAUGCCGGCUUUAAAGGGGUCAUGACUUCCUUUUUUUCCCCCCUGAGGACCAAUUAUACUGUUAGUAAAGUUUGUUUGCACAAUAAUAGUUUAGUAAUACAGUGCAUCCGGAAAGUAUUCAAAGUGCUUCACUUUUUCCACAUUUUGUUAUGUUACAGCCUUAUUCCAAAAUUGAUUCAAUUCAUUAUUUU